GGCUCCGCGCGCGCGGGCCAUGUCCGCCUUCUGCCUGGGCUUGGCCGGCCGCGCUUCAGCACCCGCCGAGCCGGACAGCGCCUGCUGCAUGGAGCUGCCCGCCGCGGUCGCGGACGCAGUCGGGAGUCCAGCCGCCACUGCCCUCGUCUCCUUCCCCGGGGGCCCCGGGGAGCUGGAACUGGCGUUAGAGGAGGAGCUGGCGCUGCUGGCGGCCGGGGAACGGCCGUCCGACCCCGGGGAGCAUUCUCAGGCCGAGGUCGGGCCUCUGGCCGAGGGGUCCGGACUACAGCCGCCACCCGCCCAGGAUCCCGAGCUGCUGUCGGUGAUCCGGCAAAAGGAGAAGGAUCUGGUGUUGGCGGCCCGGCUGGGCAAGGCGCUGCUCGAGAGGAACCAGGACAUGAGCCGGCAGUACGAGCAGAUGCACAAGGAGCUGACAGACAAGCUGGAGCACUUAGAACAAGAGAAACACGAACUAAGAAGACGAUUUGAGAACCGAGAAGGGGAAUGGGAAGGGCGCGUGUCAGAGCUGGAGAGUGAUGUGAAACAACUUCAGGAUGAGUUGGAGAGGCAGCAGGUUCAUCUACGGGAAGCAGAUCGAGAAAAAACACGGGCUGUCCAGGAAUUAUCAGAACAGAACCAGAGGUUAUUGGAUCAACUCAGCAGAGCAUCAGAAGUUGAGAGACAACUCUCCAUGCAAGUCCAUGCCCUCAGAGAAGACUUUCGGGAGAAAAACUCGUCAACCAACCAGCACAUCAUCAGGCUUGAAAGCCUUCAGGCUGAGAUCAAGAUGCUGUCAGAUCGGAAACGGGAGCUGGAGCAUCGUCUCAGGACCACCUUAGAGGAGAACGACCUGCUCCAGGGGACUGUGGAGGAGCUCCAGGACCGGGUGCUGAUCCUGGAGAGGCAAGGCCAUGACAAAGACCUACAGCUGCAUCAGAGCCAGCUGGAGCUCCAGGAGGCACGGCUCUCCUCCCGACAGCUGCAGGUGAAGGUGGAAGAGCUCACGGAGGAGAGGAGCCUGCACAGUUCCGCUGCCACCAGCACGUCUCUCCUGUCUGAGAUAGAGCAGAGCAUGGAGGCUGAGGAGCUGGAGCAAGAGAGAGAGCAGCUGAGACUGCAGCUCUGGGAGGCCUACUGCCAGGUUCGCUACCUCUGCUCGCACCUCCGAGGGAACGACAGUGCCGACUCGGCCGUCUCCACGGACUCCUCGAUGGACGAGUCGUCAGAAACUUCAUCUGCCAAGGAUGUGCCGGCUGGCAGCCUGCGCACGGCCCUGAGCGAGCUCAAGAGGCUGAUACAGAGCAUCGUGGAUGGCAUGGAGCCCACGGUGACGUUGCUGAGUGUCGAGAUGACUGCCCUGAAGGAGGAGAGAGACCGACUCAGAGUGACGUCUGAGGCCAAGGAGCCAAAGGAGCAGCUUCAGAAGGCCGUCCGGGACCGCGACGAGGCUAUUGCAAAGAAGAAUGCUGUGGAGUUGGAACUCGCCAAGUGCAAGAUGGACAUGAUGUCUCUGAACAGCCAGUUGCUGGAUGCCAUUCAGCAGAAACUGAACCUCUCGCAGCAGCUUGAGGCUUGGCAGGAUGACAUGCACAGGGUCAUUGACCGGCAGCUGAUGGACACGCACCUGAAGGAACGGAGCCGGCCUGCUGCCGCCCUGUCCAGGGCCCACGGCGCGGGGCGUGCGGACGAGCCCGGCCCCGCCGAAGGCAAGCGGCUCUUCUCAUUCUUCAGGAAAAUUUAGGUCAGGAGGAGUCAGGCCAGCAAGGAUGGGUGGACUAGAGGUGACUGAAACGGGGUGCGUGCGAGGGCCCAGCACACCAUGCUUGUACACGAGGGCUCCCCUGGGCCAGCUC